GGUUUAUGCGAUUUGCGCAGAAUUCGACGACUCGCUGCUCCAAAAAAGGCAAUUGUGAGUUUUGCUGUUCGGAUAGCCUUGCUUUGAAGGAAUGCAUUCACACUCAAGACUGGUCUGCAGAGAUCAGUCGUGAGAGAUUGUCGCUCCUAGUUGAUGAUUGACGAGUGACGACGUUCUUGAACCCGACUCACAGGUACUACAACUACGACGACCACGACUGCUGGCAUCAAACGAAUUCGAUGGGACAAUGCUCAGAAUCACGGGUACAUGUGGGGUCCCAUGUCAAAGAAGCGCGAGAAUGUCGGCCAAUCGUACAGACAGCAUCAUGGGGAAACGAGGGUAUUUACCCAAGUCCACGCGAAAAAGGUCCCUCUGUAUCUGUCCUCAGGCCGAUCUUCCCGGCACCUUUCUUGCUUCAACGCGUGCUCGCUGUACCGAUGCAGCCAAAACCGAUUGAUCCUAUUUCCCAUCUCGCUGCGCUACUUCUGUGACACUGCUCCGUGUGCGGUUGAAAGAUUCAAAGUUGUGAAGCGCUCUCGUCUUGCUUGCAUUUCACUCCGUGGGCUCAACACCAGCGAAAUCACAAAUUGCCUCCGGCGUCUAGCCCUUCACAUGUCGGUUGCAAAGCCUGCGAAAGCAGGAGUGGAGUCACCAGUCGCGUUGUUCUUACUCGGUCAGGCUCGCGCUGCUGUUUCGGAAACCACGCAGAUCUUACACGCCUAAGGUGGGGGGUGGUGUAGCAAACCCUUGCAUUCAUUGCAUGAAGCUGUCGCAGUGCAUUGGCGACUCGAGCAGGUGCGGCAAUCCUCAGUGAUCAGGUCUGCUCAGCGAAUGCAGCAACAAUCUGAGGUCAGCGCCUUUUCUCUCAGCCACUCG